UUGAAACAGAGAUCGCAAAUUUAAUGGCGCAAGUUUGUUAAUCUUUCAAAAAAAAAAACAGCAUGGUUAUUAAAAGCACUCUGUUAGUGUGCUUGAUCAUCUGUUGCCAAAGUAGUCAUGUUAGAGCUGCGUCAGAGUGUACGGGCGCUAUAGUCGCUUCAGUGUUUGGUACAAUAGGUGUGAUUCUUCUUAUCGCAGGUAUUGCGAUACUGGUUUGGUGUUGUCGCCAAAAAAGAUCAGGAAAACUCUCGUCAAGGUCUUCAAUAGAAACCGCCAGUGAACCAGAAAUUUCUCUCGGCACAAAAGCCAAAGGUGGUCAGAUUGGUUUAAAUGGUCAUGGAACUCCGGUAACUUUUUCACAUCACUACAAAGAAGAAGCACCAUCUGCUGCGUACAACACAAGGGGAGUUGUUAAUCCAGCAUUUGGUGGGCAGCGAGAAGUACUGAUUGAAAUGCCAUCUAGAGACGAUGGCGAAGUCAAAAUUGACAUGGAUGGAGAUGGUAAAUUCAAACUUCCUUCUUGUAACGAAGGGGAGGUAAAAAUUGAUAUGGGCGGAGAUCCAGACAAGGAAACUCCUACUGUAAAUCUUGACAUGGACACCGAUCUUGGCAUGAAUGUGGCAAAUGGAAGCAGCCUCAAAAUGUCUCCAAGAGAUGCUCAGCUCUCGGAUGUUGAGUUCCAACAUAACAAACCAUCAGGAACAGGUUUUCCGGGCGGGAAUAUUCCUGGUUCAGACGUUGAUAUUGCCUUUGAGGGCUCCUCCGAACCAACCUUUAACGUGGACGCACCAAGGAAUAUGGAAACCAUUGAUGUUGAUCUUGACCGACCUGAAAAUGGUGGCUUUGGACUCUUGAUUGCGAGGGACAAGACUUUGCCACCUCCCGCUUUAUUCGUAAGAGAAGUAACACCCGGUGGUGUUGCUGCGAGAACAGGUCUCCUGGAUAAAGGUGAUAAGAUCAUUGGUAUUAAUGGAACUCCGAUCGAGGGCCUAGCUCAUGACAAAGCAAUGCACCUUCUUCGCAAUGAUGACAAACCAAGGCUAAGACUGACACUGUUGAAAAACCUCUCGCCAGGACAAAAUGGUUCACUGGACUUAUCGGAGAGAUCGCGGGAUCUAUCCAAAACGAUUGACGAAUCCUGUGCAAUUGACUUGGAACCGGGACUAGAGGCAGGGAGCCCCUCCCUUGAUGUCGAAGGAUUGCAAGGCAGUGCAGAUUUAGGAGAGACGGAGACUUCACUGAGUAAACCAGAAUUCGAGGGGGAUAUACCACAGGCGCGUAUUGCUGGGCCGAAUAUGAAACCACACAAUCUUCAAGGUUCACCUUCAAACCUGAGCUUGCCUUCACCUAAGACUAAGCGUGCGAAAUGUUUCUCCUGUGUAUCCAAAGGAGACAAAGGGGAGCCUUACACCAGAGGGAAGACAAGUAAUAGAAUGGAUUGGGACAGACCGAGUGAUGAUUGUUCUGUUGAUAUUAAUGAGGGUGGUAAAUUUACAGAUAAUUUGAGCGUCAGAGAACCUGGCAUUUCUAUUCCGGCCAAAAAUGUCACGGGAGAAAUUACGGGACCAUCGCUCGACGAAGAGCAAAGGGAUUUAGGAUCCAAUGUACAGCUAGAUAGCUAUUCGCCAAAUAUCAAAACGUCGCAAGGUAGACUAAAAACACAGCUUUCUGGGCCAAGUGUCGAUACUUCACCUGAGAAGCUCAAGGGCUCAAAGGAAAAUGUUGACGUUCCUGCCGCUGGUGGGUUGAAUUUGCCUUCCUCAAAGAAAAACCGUGGUAAUUGUUUCUCGUGUGCAGGAGACGGAAAUAAAGAAGACCCAUACAGAAAGACUAAGGGAAAUGUUGGCUUCGACCUGAGUGGCCCUGAUGGAUCACCAGAAAUGGUGGAACCCAGAAAAAUGGACAUAACCGCUUCUGCACCUGAAUUUCAUGAACGUGGAGAAACCAACGACCUGGACCUCAGAACAACUGGACCAGACUUUCAUAUCGAGGGACCAAACAAAGGAAUCUCAACGAGACCGCCAGAGGUUUCCCUCCAAGCAAAAGACCCAAGAACAAAUACCCCGGAUGUAUCGCUUCCAUCAGGAAGCACUACUAUCGGCCUCUCUGGAUCGGGGAACAUUUCUUCAGAACGACCUAAAGUUGAAAUAGAUGCUAAUUCCCCAGAAAUCGAUGGUCCAAAAGGAAGAUUCGAUACAGAAAUUUCGGCCCCACAUGCUGAUAUAUCACAUGGUAAACUGGGAGGCCCUAAGGCAAAAGUUACCGCACCUUCUGGACAGUUGAAUUUGCCAUCUUCAAAGAGAAAGCGAGGUACUUGUUUGUCGUGUGCAGGAGACGCGGAUAAAGACGACCCGUACAGAAAGACUCAAACUCAAGGAAGUGUCGGCUAUAACCUUAGCGGUCCUGAUGGAUCACUAGAGAUGGAAACACCUAGCAAAAUGGACAUAAGUGCCUCUGCACCAGACUUCCAAGGACAGGAAGAAACGAAAGACUUGAGCUUCAAAACAACUGCACCAGAUUUUGACAUCGAAGGACCAAACAAAGGCAUUUCUACGGGCUCGCCAGAAAUUUCACUUCAUACAAAAGAUCCAAGUAUAAAUACCCCAGAUGUAUCUAUUCCACCAGGAAGUACUGAUAUCGGCCUUUCUGGGACAGGAGACAUUACUUCAAAACGACCCAGAGUUCAAGCAGAAGCCAAUUCCCCAGACAUCGAUGGUCCUAGAGGAAGAUUCGAUACAGACAUAUCAGCCCCAAAUGCUGAUAUAUCACAGGGUAAACUGAGAGGGCCUAGAGCACAAGUUGACGCUCCUUCCGGAGAGUUGAAUGUGCCUUCUAUCAAGAAAAAGCGCGUUAACUGUUUGUCUUGUGCGGGAGAUGAUGACAAAGACGACCCUUACGGAAAGACAAGAGGAAAUGUUGGCUAUGACUUCAGCGGCCCUGAUGGAUCGAUGGAGAUGGAAAAACGUAGCAAAGUGGCCCUAAAUACUUCCAGGCCUGAUUUUCAAGGACAUGCAAUAACGAAAGACAUAGGCCUCAAAACAAGUGGACCAGACUUUGAUAUCGAAGGACCAAACAAGCAAAUCUCAACGGGACCGCCAGAAAUUUCCCUUCACGCAAAAGAUCCGAGUAUUAAUGCCCCAGAUGUAUCUUUUCCGUCGGGAAACACUCGUAUUGGCCUUUCUGGAGAAGGGGAAAUCUCCACAGAACGACCUAGAUUUGAAAUAGAAGCAAAUUCCCCAGAUAUCAAUGGCCCGAAAGGAGGAUUCGAUACAGACAUAUCAGCCCCAGGCGCUGAUAUAUCACAUGGUAAAAUGAGGGGCCCUAAAGCACAAGGUAACGCACCUUCUGGAGAGCUGAAUUUGCCUUCUACCAAAAGAAAGGGUGUAAAUUGUUUAUCGUGUGCGGGAGAUGGGGAUAAAGACGAUCCUUACAAAAAGAGUAAGGGAAAUGUUGGCUUCGAUCUGAACGGCCCUGAUGGAUCACUAGUGACGGAAAAGCCUAGAAAAGUGGACAUAAGUGCUUCUGCACCUGAUUUUCAAGGCCAUGAACAAACAACUGACUUGGGAUUCAAAACAACUCGACCAGACAUUGAUAUGGAAAGACCAAACAAAAGAAUCUUAACAGGGCUGCCAGAAGUUUCCGUCCACGCAACAGAUCCAAGUAAAAAUGCCGCAGAUGUAUCUAUUCCAUACGGAAGCACUGAUAUCGGUCUUUCUGGAGAAGGGGACAUUUCUACAAAACGAUCAAGCGCUGAAAAAGACGCCAAUUACCCAGACAUCGAUGGUCCAGAAGGAAGACUCGGUACAGACAUUUCAGCCCCAGAUGCUGACGUAUCACACGGUAAACUGAGACGCCCUACAGUACAAGGUAAUGCUCCUUCUGGAGAGCUAAAUUUGCAUUCUACUAAGAGAAAGGGCGUAAAUUGUUUGUCUUGUGCAGGAGAUGGGGACAAGGACGACCCGUACAAAAAGAGUAAGGGAAAUGUUGGUUUCGACCUGAGGGGCCCUGAUGAAUCAUUGGAGAUGAAAAAACGUAUUCCAUCAGGCAGCACUAAUAUCGGCCUCCCUGGAACGGAAGACAUUUCUUCAAAACAACCUAAAGUUGAAAUGCAAGCCAGUUCUCCAGAUAUCGAUGGUCGAAAAGGAAGAUUCAAUACAGACAUUUCAGCACCUUCAGACUUUGAUAUCGAAGGAGAAAACAAACGAAUCUCAACGGGACCGCCAGAAAUUUGCCUCCACGCAGAAGAUCCAAGUAUAAAUACCCCAGAUGAAACUUUUCCACCAGGAAGCACUAAUAUUGGUCUCUCUAGAACAGGAGACAUUUCUUCAAAACGACCGAAAGCUAAAAUAGAUACCAAUCCCAUAGACAUCGAUGCUUCAUCUGGGGUGCUCAAGGGCUCAAAGGAAAAUGUUGACGUUCCUGCCGCUGGUGGGUUGAAUUUGCCUUCCUCAAAGAAAAACCGUGGUAAUUGUUUCUCGUGUGCAGGAGACGGAAAUAAAGAAGACCCAUACAGAAAGACUAAGGGAAAUGUUGGCUUCGACCUGAGUGGCCCUGAUGGAUCACCAGAAAUGGUGGAACCCAGAAAAAUGGACAUAACCGCUUCUGCACCUGAAUUUCAUGAACGUGGAGAAACCAACGACCUGGACCUCAGAACAACUGGACCAGACUUUCAUAUCGAGGGACCAAACAAAGGAAUCUCAACGAGACCGCCAGAGGUUUCCCUCCAAGCAAAAGACCCAAGAACAAAUACCCCGGAUGUAUCGCUUCCAUCAGGAAGCACUACUAUCGGCCUCUCUGGAUCGGGGAACAUUUCUUCAGAACGACCUAAAGUUGAAAUAGAUGCUAAUUCCCCAGAAAUCGAUGGUCCAAAAGGAAGAUUCGAUACAGAAAUUUCGGCCCCACAUGCUGAUAUAUCACAUGAUAAACUGGGAGGCCCUAAGGCAAAAGUUACCGCACCUUCUGGACAGUUGAAUUUGCCAUCUUCAAAGAGAAAGCGAGGUACUUGUUUGUCGUGUGCAGGAGACGCGGAUAAAGACGACCCGUACAGAAAGACUCAAACUCAAGGAAGUGUCGGCUAUAACCUUAGCGGUCCUGAUGGAUCACUAGAGAUGGAAACACCUAGCAAAAUGGACAUAAGUGCCUCUGCACCAGACUUCCAAGGACAGGAAGAAACGAAAGACUUGAGCUUCAAAACAACUGCACCAGAUUUUGACAUCGAAGGACCAAACAAAGGCAUUUCUACGGGCUCGCCAGAAAUUUCACUUCAUACAAAAGAUCCAAGUAUAAAUACCCCAGAUGUAUCUAUUCCACCAGGAAGUACUGAUAUCGGCCUUUCUGGGACAGGAGACAUUACUUCAAAACGACCCAGAGUUCAAGCACAAGCUAAUUCCCCAGACAUCGAUGGUCCAAGAGGAAGAUUCGAUACAGACAUAUCAGCCCCAAAUGCUGAUAUAUCACAGGGUAGACUGAGAGACCCUAGAGCACAAGUUGACGCUCCUUCCGGAGAGUUGAAUGUGCCUUCUACAAAAAGAAAGGGCGUUAAUUGUCUCUCGUGCGCGGGAGAUGGGGAUAAAGCUGACCCAUACAGGAAGACUAGGGGAAAUGUUGGCUAUAACUUCGGCGGCCCUGAUGGAUCACUAGAGAUGGUGCAACCCAGUAAAAUUGACACAACUGCUUUUACGCCUGAUGUCGAUAGACCUGCAGCAACAAAAGAACUCGAACUCAGAACAGCUGAACCAGACCUUGAUUUCCAUGGACAAAACAAGGGAAUCUCCACAGGAACGCCGGAGAUUUCACUUCAUGGAAAGGAUCCAAGUAUAAAUACCCCUGAUGUAUCUAUUCCAUCGGGAGGCACAGGUUUCAACCUUUCUAGAACAGGAAACUUUUCGUCUGAAAGACCAAGCGUUGAAGUACAAGGCAAUUCCCCAGACAUUGAUGGACCAGAGGGAAGAUUUGAAAGAGGUAUUUCAGGCCCGGAUGUUGAUGUAUCAGAUGGUAAACUACAAGGCCAUAGAACAACAGUUAACGCACCUUCAGGAGAAUUGAAUUUGUCAUCUUCAAAGAAAAAGCGCGUUAAUUGUUUGGCUUGUGCAGGAGAUGGGGACGAAGAGGACCCUUAUAGAAAGACUAAGGGGAGUGUCGGCUACAACAUCAGCGGCCCUGAUGGAUCACUGGAGAUGGAAAAACCUAGCAAAGUGGACAUAAGUACUUCUGGGUUUGAUUUUGAUGGACGUAAAACGACUGAAGGGCUGGAACUCAGUACAAUUGUACCAGACGUUGACUCUCAAGGGCCGAAGAAAGGAAUAUCUUUGGAGCCUCCCGACAUCUCAGACAACUUAACAGAUACAGAUCCAUCUGCUGAAAAAUCAAAGAUUUGCUUGGAUUUCCCUGUAUUAUAUGAUCCAAGCAUCGGAGGUUCAGGAUUUGAUGCACCUAAAAAUUCAUAUGAGACGUCAACGAUUUCGGGGUCCUCGCUAGGGAGAAUUUUUGAUAACACUGAUAUACAAAGGUCCAAGUUUGACCUGGAUGCUUCAAAUAUUGAAAAACCAGACUUUGAAUCGGAACCACCCAGUAUAGGUGCAGGAAUACAAGAUAUAAAAGGACCAGACUUCUCACAUGAAAAGCAUAACUUAUCUGGACCAUCAAUGGGCAGAGUAGAGAACGAUAUUGGAAUUGAUGGGUUCGACCCAAGCAUGAAUUCGUCAAGAGUCUCUGUUGAGAGGCCAGAUAUAUCUGGGCCCUCGUUUGACACCACAGCUGGUGAUAUUAACCUCGGAGUAGCAGACGAACCAAGCACUGACUCAGAAUUGACUGGAUUUGACGUACCUAAACCUAGAGGCAAAGAAAUGCACAGAACUAAACCAGAUAUCUUCAUGCCAUCAGCAGGCGGAAUAAGUGUUCAUGCUCCAGCUGUAGACCUACGGCAACAAUUAGAGGCUGACAUGAAGGGAUUAGAUGUUGAUGCACCGGAAUUAGAUUUCACUGUAUCAUCACCAAAUAAAAAACGAGCAUCGUUAGAACCAGUUGACAUGAAAGGUCUUAGAGGGAAGAGUUUUGAAGGUGAUGUUGAUUGGGGUAUCAGUACCUCAACACCCAAAGAUUCUGGGGGCAUAGACUUUGACGCAAAUCCAGUCGAAGGCGAUGUAGAAUUCGCAAGUACCUACGAUAACAUCGAACUCCACAGUAAACCAGAGUCUCUCCCCUCGGUAGCGUAUGAAGAACCACACAGUCUUCAACGUUACGAUGAAAUACGACCAGAAAUGGAACUGAGACUAUUGUCACCAAAUCAACCCAACGAAUCUGAUCUAAACUUCGAUGCAGACAUCUCAGAUGCAAACCUUCAUGUGGAUAAUUGGAAGCCAGGUGAAAUGAACCUGGUAAAAGUCGAAGAAAACGUAACAGUUUGUUCAGCAUCAGUCCAGGAGCCUUCUUCUCCAAGCAGAAUAUUAACUCUAGAUCGUGAAAUUAAGCAAAGAAUUGAACUUGAACUCCCGGGCCAUGAAGGUAAAGAUACACCAUCUUCAUUAAAGAGAAAAAGUACUUCAUCUUCAUCAUCCUCCUCAUCCUCUUCUGAUGCCGAGGAUGACAAGGAAAAGAAGUCAAAACGAAAAAAGAAGUCCAAACUACCACAGGUGUUCCGAAAGAGUUCAAACAGCUCAGCAUCGUCCAAGGAGAGUGGUUCCUCGUCCAAAAAGAAAGCGAGCGAACGGAAAUCCUCAACAAGUUCUUCUUCAUCAGAUGACGAUAACGAAGAUCAAAACCGUCCCACAGCUGAUUUUGUUUCAGGAUUGAAUUUGAAAAAGCAAAAACCGAAAACAAGCUCAUCUUCUUCGUCCUCCGAUGAAGGUUCCUUUGGCCUAAAUCAUCAAGACUUACUUAAACGAAAGAAAUCAAGGAGUUCAUCAUCAUCUGAUGAAGCGAAAGAAAAUGACAAGAAAAAGCAGACCUACAAAGUGGACGACAGAACAUUUACCUCAGUGGCUGAUGAAAUAAAGGAACCAGGAAAGUCAGGAUCGAUAACCUUUGAUAUUCAAGAAGAAAUAACUCAUGACUCGUUGAUGCUAAGCGGCAAAAUAUCAUCAAAAGAGCAGAAACCUACGAGUUCCUCGUCUUCGUCGGAUGAAGAGAUCUCAAGUUACAACGUCAGCGAGUUGAAUGAUCUACCCAAGGCAAAAGAUCAAGCAACCACAGAAACGAAACGGGAGGAAGAUGACCUUCCUUCUUCAUUGGACCUAUCACUCCAUCAGUACAAAGCAGUGGACUAUGUUGUAACCCAUAAUUACGCAUCCGAAACACAGGAAACAAAUCCCUCAGGUGUAGAAGAGGAUCCUUUUGUAGUUGUAUCUCGCUCCCUUAAAAGACCAUAUCAAGACACUGAACACGAGGAUGAAUUGAAAGUAAGUUCUAUAGAACUUCAAUUUAACGAGCCACCAGGAGAGGUUUCCAAUCAUCUGGACUAUCCUUGCCGAGUCGCUCAGGUUGAAGAGGACGAUGGCGCAUUCGUGCAAGAAGAAGGCGUUGUCCCAUUGUUUAAGUUUCGGUCAUUGGACUACGAUGUCCCAGAUGUGUCGGUUCUAUCGAAGCCUUCUGAGGAAAGUGAUGCACCAAAUUUGUUAUCACCUAACCAAAGGGACCGCGUGUCUCCUACAUGGGACGUACAAGCCCAUACUUUUGAGGAUGUAUCUCAUGUAACAAUUCAAGAUGACCCGCCAACGGGGGAUGAAAACCAUGAGAUCCGUGAACAAUCGCUUAUUAUAGUGACACGCUCUCUUAAGAGGACGUCACCUGUCACUGAAGACGCAGAUGACAUCAGGGAGGAAAAAUCUCCAAAUUUCUCUAACACUAUGGAGAUUCAAGCUACUGAACCUAGCCAUGACUUCUACCUUGAAUAUCCGCAAAAUAAUAAAGUAUUCGUACUCGAUGAACAGAAUGGCCAUCUGACAGAUGAAGAACAAAUCUCACAGCACACAAAGGAAAGAGAAAUACCAGACAUUUCAGCGCAGCUAGCCGCAUUAAAUUAUACUGAAGAUGAACCUCGAUUAAAAAGCGAUUCACCCACAAAAGCUGAAGACAAUGUCAAAUCGCCAAGGGAGAAAAGCCCUAAAGAAAUUUCGAGGCGAGGUUCCAACUCUCGUCUUUGGGAUUUAAUGCAAGGUUAUCUAAUUGAGCAGCCUAUACUCAACGAUAAUGACACAAAUUCGGAAUCAAGAUCAAAGAACACGGAAGAACACAACGAAGAGGGAGAACAGGUUUUUUACGAAACCAAGCCCAUAGAAAUUAUAGACAGCAGCAUUUCGGAAAAAACUCAACAAUCCCUUAAUGUGGUGACCUACCAAAUCCACAUCGACGACCACGAACAUCCUAAAGAAAGAAGUGGUGAUUUAGAAGAUAGAGACACAGCGCUAAAGGCUUCCAAACCUGAUCUCGUUUCUUUUGAUGCGAAACCUGUCGAAGACAGUCCUGCUACCACAAGCUACAGCACAUCAAUAACAAAGGUGGAAAGCAGUUUUGCCUAUGUUAACUUGACACCCGUAAUGACCGAGACGGAUUCUGAAUUAGGCGCGGUUGAUCGAUUAGACACGGCGAAAGAUGAACACCAUACAUCAGUUACAGACGUUAAAAGCAGUGUUCAGGAGGUAACGGUCACAUCACAUUCGUCUCAAAUUGAACCCAUUUCUCUACAAGUGGAUAUUGGUGCCAUAAAACCUGUUUCCAAAUACCAAACUACUUCAUGGAAAAAGGAAGUUUCUGUUCCUGUCGAUGUGGAUGACAAGAAUGACGAUCCCUGGAUGAGGCAUUAUUCCAGAGGAUUACAACAAGGCACCCUUUACCAGCCACUGUAUGCAAAAUCACCAGAGAGAGACCCAUAUCUUGGUGAAAGACGUGGCGUAAGUUUGUCCAAAGUACCUCAUGUUAAAGGUGUCAAGACGUCAGGCGAAAAAGAACGUGAAAGACAGAGGUAUUCCAUCGAGGGCCGAACUAGCAUCCAAUCAGCGUCCUACCAAGUAAGUACAGAUGGUAAAUCUAUGCUUCGAGGAUUGGAAGCAGUUCCCAGAGUGCGAACACCCGAGAGUCUCUUUUCUAGCCGAGAUGACAGAGAGCAAUCGCAAAAGAGCCAACCUGAGAGUGCUGGAGGAGACCCGUCAACAGGAACGUCCACAAGUGGCCCUUCCGUACAAAGUUUGCGUUCCUUUUGGGAUAAAUGAAUUGAAGUCCACCUUAUCGUGGCUUUACAUCUCUUAAUACAAACGAAAUGUACAUUAGUUACUACUCUUUCCCGACUGAUUUACAAAAAAGAAAAAUGGGCAAUGAGUUAGACCCCUUCACUCAGCUUAAAUAGCGUUACAUGCACGCUUACAUCGAGAAAGUGUCGUUAGAAAAAGUCAGUUAUUGUUAUAUACUAAUAGCAAUUGACACUGCUUAGGCGCUAAUGUAUGGAGAAUGUGCCGGGCGAAAGAUAAAAAUACAUUAUCUCUAGUGUCAGAGGAAGAUUUUUAAGCAUUUUUCACAUAAGAUAGAUUCUGUUGCUUUUACGCUGAUCUUUAAGAAAUGGAAAGGAAUCGCUCGAAGAAGAGAAUCCAAGAAACAGAAAUUACGCUGUCAAAAAGGCUUAAAAGUUAAGCCUUCUUCUCACUAAGUUUUCCAAUAAUUUUAAUUCAUCUUAUUACCAAAAAAAACAUUAUCAUUAAGCAAGAAUUAUAAUUUUACAAAGCUGAGACCUUUAAAAUAUUAUCAUUACAAUUAUUCAAUGGAAUUAUUUGUAAAUAAAUGUUCAGUCACAUUAGUCAACCUGCUUUCGCCUCUACUACGGACUCCAUAUUUAAACUUUUACAAAUCAUGAGUGACACAGUCAGCUGAGUGACACAGUCGGCUUUUUGCUUCUUGUUAUGUAAAAGAUUCCAUGAAGAAUUUGGGGCUAGUAUUGGCUGCACCUCGUGCAACUGUUAGGUUACUCCUGUGUUCACCAAACUUUCUGCGUACAUUCAUUUGAGCUAUAGACCGCACUUCCUAUCGGUUUACCGACGUAAUAUCACACCCGGAAUGUUGACCAAUCAGAGCGCACGUUGUAUCUCAGUUAUUUCAUAAACCUCGUUAAAAACCAUAUCAGUUUUCGCGAGAAAUAAUGUAACCCACAACAUUCACAUAACCAGGAGCCCAUUAUUCAUUAGUAGUGGACUCCUGAGAUAACUUCGUAUUCGAUACCCCAUAAGGUUUCACAUAUAAACAAUAGCCUCCAUUUUGCGCGCAAAUAUGCAAGGUUAUUUGUCCGCUGACAUUAUCUGUUCGGAGAGGCGAACAAUUUUCCGAAAGCAAAGCUGAGCUUCGGGGAACAGAUAAUGUCCAAGAAAUAUCCGUGUAUUUUUUUUCACCGAAUGGA